CUUACUCGUGUGAAACGUGAUCGUAAUAAUGUUGUUGUUAAAGACAAGAUCUGUAUUCGUACCCUGGCUUGGGACGAGUAUGCGCACGAGUGAAGUGUGUUGUUGUUUGCCGCCACGAAAAACUGGCAACAUUUGUGAUCGUCGAAAAGGUGAGCUCAACUCAGUUGGAAUCUGAUACUCGGCGUGAGUGAACAUCAAGCGGAGGCGAACACGUUGACGGCGAACGAAGCAACGACGACGAAUCGUCCAAACAGCGAUUCCGGCUUACAAAUGCUGAACGCCAAUUAAAACGAAUUGAAUUUCCAAACAUAUUUGCAUUAUUACGACAAAUUGAGAAAAUUACAGUGCGCGCAGUUAACUGUUUAAAGUGCGAAAUUAUGAAAAUGAUAUGUUAAAAAAAAAAUAAUCGUUAAUUGUUUAUUACUCGGGGGAUUGCCUGUAAAAAUUGUUGGGCGUUAAAGUUAAUUUCUGCAAAUUUAUUGUGAGAUUUUUGUGUGAAUUUUUAUUUGACCGCAGUUUUUAAGCUGUUUGUGUUAGUUUGUUUGUGUUAAUUGUGUGCGAAAGCUGCAACCUUUUGCAUAUCGAUAUUUUAUUAGCAAAAAAAAAAACAAAAAACCAAAAAAACUGUAAUUAACGAAAAGCUGCGUUGUGAAUUAACAGUAAUAACGAGAACAACAACUUCGACGAGUUUUGCAUUUUUGAUUGUACAUAAAUUAAAAAAUUGUCAAAGCGAAAUUCCGAAAACCCAAAGUCUUCAAAGCAACAUUGCAAGUCUGUUUUGGUUUCGUUAUUUUUUAUUAACGUGAAAAAAUUAAAAAUUUGCAAUUUUAAUUAAUUGGCGACACGAAAAAAAAAGAAACGUAGGUGUGUGUGUGCAAAAAAUAGUCGACACAUAAAAAAUCAGAAAGAAGAAUAAACAAAGGAAGCAAUAAAAAAUAAGUAAAAAAAAAAUAGAAAUAAAAAGCUGUGCUACAACAACAACAAAAUAUGUAUAUAAGCAAAGUAAAUAGCGAAAUGGUUACUCGACGGGUUGCGUUCGAUGACAGCUGCUGCAAUCGCAACAGCAGCAGCAGCUACUACAACAACAACACUGUUAAAAAUCGAGUGUACGAUGGCAGUCAAUUUGAUAUUGAAAAGCGUAAACGAAAUACGUCGACUUGUGAAAUGAAAAAACACAAUUUUUCGGCAAUUUUUCACAUAUCAUUGAUCGGAAUUUUGUCACUGUUGGCUAUGGCCAAUGCAGUUGUGGCUGCGCAAGGUGCUGCUGUUUACUCGAAUAUAAAUUUCCUAACUAAUCCCAAUUUCGAGCAAAUCUGCAGCAUUCAACAGGAGCAUUACAUCGAAAGCGAUGGCAAAGAAUCUAGUCUAAUACUCGAAUUCGCACCCGGCGUUUUAGCCGAGAAACGGAAAUUGUGUACGCGCAUCCUCAGCGCACCCACCAACUAUGGCUUCAUUGUACGCCUCAUUUUACCAAAGAUACGACGCAAUCGUCAUGGCGUUAUGCCGGCGGUCACAAGUGCUGAGGGUGCGGCCAAGCCAGUGACAGGCACAGUGGGCGCAGCGGCAACAGUGACGACGGCAGCGACAACGGAAACUGAUAGAAUCGGUGUAGAUGCUGGUGCGACCAAGAGGAGUGGCGUGCCGGCGCUCAGUGGGAUGACGUCACUAAUUGACAGGCUCAACGCGUCUGCAAUCAAAGCAGCUAAACCAACAAGAUCCUGCCCAUUGUCGAUUUUCAGCUCGUUGGACUUCCACACACCACAAUGGCGUCUAGAUCCCUGCCUAUUGGAGGACACAGCGCCGGAUAUGGAGGAUCCUGUGCGUCUGUUUCAUGGGCGCGUGCGGAUUGUUUGGGAGCACGGCCACCACACCUUGCACUCCAAAUUGAUGGUCACAGCUUUAGGCAAAGGCGAGCAGUGUCGCAGUGAAAACAAGCAUCAAUGCCUGAGAAUCGGCGAUGAACCUAUACUUUGCAUUUCCAAAGAGCUCGUCUGCGAUGGUAUUCGUCAUUGUCCGAUUAGCAAUGAGUACGAUAGCGAUGAGGAUUAUGAAAUGUGUUGGAAGCGACGACGCUACGGCGAACCGAUCCCGCCCGCCAUGGAGACGGACAUUUUCGAACAUUUUGCUUUAGAAGUUUUUCGAAAUUUAUUUGCCUUCGAUGUGCCGUCAUAUGGGGAUGCGACGACAACUUCUGCCACGUCGAUCACAGAUCAGCCACCAUCUACACAGGAGGGUAGCGGCAGCGCUGGUGUGGUGAAUAGCACCACACUGCGUAAAGUGGAGUCAAAGCAAAUCGGUCAAUCGGCGCAUGAUGUCAACAAAAAUGGUAAUAGUACUGCUGCUGGGACCACAGUGCAAGCCGAAAAUGCCACCGAAAGCACGGGCACGGGUCAUCACCGCCGCAAUUCAACACGUUCUGGCCUCAAUUCGGAUCUUUCGAAGUAUGGUCCGUGGGGUUAUCUUAUGCUCGGCAUGCUACUGUGCGGUGGUGCGCUAUUGAUUUGUGGACUUUGGGUUUGCUGUUGUCGCUUAAGCUUUCACAUUCAAACCAUCCGUUCACUUUCAGCCUCUGCCUCCCAGCACGCAACUAAUAAUGAACGCGAAGCAGCAUUGCAGAACGGUGCCGCUGGCACUGGUAGUGAUCUACAAUCCAGCAGCGCUGCGCCCCCAAACUACGAGGAGCUAGACCCACCGCCCGCCUAUUCAGUUCUUUUCCCCAAUCAAAAGGCGGCUUCCAGCACUACGUUGAGUUCAUUGGGCGCAGCAGCGCUGAUGCCGCCCACAAUAGCCGCUGUAGCUGUAACAACACCCAAUGGCACCGCAGUGACCAUUCCCACAGGAGCACCAGCAACAUCCGCAGCGACAUCUACAGCGGCUCUAGCAACACCACCACCAACAACAACAGCAGCCGCCACAAGAACAACUCAGGUGCAGCUAGAGAGUGCAACGUGCAGUUCGCAGGCUCACUGAUAGCGACUGCAGCGUAUGCCGUACCUGGAAAGCGUUGUCGCCUUAGAAGUUUUUCUGAUUUUCUGAAAAAACGACUGACUUUUUAGUUCGAUUUAAGUAAAAUAAUUUUAGAUUUAGCUACACAACAACAAUUAACGAGCUCAUUUAUUAAGUUAGAUUUUCUACUUAUAUACAUAAUUUUUAUGUCUCUCUCUCCUCUCUCUAUCUUAAUUUCUAUUUAAUUAUUAUCUGAACUCUUUUAAGUAUGUGUGAGUGUUGUUAUUAACUUGACAAUGAGAGCUGCAAGCAUUUUCUGAAUAGUAACUGGUUUAUGUUUCUGGAAACAUGUUUUGAAGCAGUGGAGGGCGAGUUCCACCACCACUUCCUUUUGCAUAUGGCGUAGUGUAGUUGAGGCUCAAGAAUGAUAGAAUACAAAAUUGCACAAAUUGAAGUAAAAAAAUAAGCGUAGCUUUGUCGUGACGUCAUUGUAGAUGAAAUGUCCGAGAGAACUAAGAGAUAAGUUGUCAAAGUAGUAAGCCUUCCUCAACAAAAAUUAAAAGUUAGGUUAAGUUAAUGUAAACAAGGCAGAAAAUAGAGAAGAUAAUUGAAAGAAAAAAGUUAUUUGUAGGCAAAUCGCUACAAUCAAGGCAAAUCUAUUAAAGGUGGUCUUGGUAAAUCAGCUGAGUUGUUUUUUCUCUUUCGCCGUGUCCAUGUGGCUGUCAGCUGUUUUCUAGUUUCUCAAUACUUUGCUUUGACAAUCAAACGUGCAGAUCAUUGUCUAGUGCCACCACUACCUUUAGGGAAUGCGCCUUGGCCAUGUCCACGUGGAUGUCAGCACAUAAUAAAGCAAGGCGAAUUCGUUGUUUGUUCUCUACUUUACCAAUACUUUGCCAUGACAAUCAAACGUCCAAAACAAGGCGAAUUGAGCGCUGAAUGUGGUGUCUUCCCAAAGUCUUCCCAGUUAUCUAAAAUUCAGAGAAUGACUUGUGAAUAUUGUAAUUUGUGAGAUUCUAACUAAACAAACUAAUGAAAGCGAAGUGCCGCGUGCUAAAUUGUGAAAGCUGAAAUGAAUAUAAACCCUCCAAAUGCAGUUUUUUUGCGUUUUUAUGCGGAAGACGCCGUGACAAUGUGUAAAUUCUUGUGUUUGGUUGAGUAGACAGGGCUAGCUUACUAGAGCGGCAGCCCUUGGUU